AUGCAAAGGCUUUUGCUCUUAGCGGUGGCGAUUGCUACGCUCAGCAAUGCAUUGAUACGAUUUCAAUGCUCUCAGCUCGUGGUGCAGAGGCUUGAUCCCCUUGUAAACCCCGGGAUGAUUCCAUCUGCCCAUGUCCAUCAGAUCGUUGGCGGAAACUCUUUCAACGCCAGUAUGGACCCUGCGAAGGACAUGCCCGGUGAGUCCACAUGCACGACUUGCUCGUUCAGUGAGGACUUUUCCAAUUACUGGACCGCUGUCCUCUACUUCCGCGCCAGGAACGGAACCUUCAAACGUGUUCCCCAGACCUCCCAGAUCAGCGGAGGUCAGGGUGGGAUCACGGUUUAUUACAUGCAAGACGCCCUCUAUGAUACGGUCCAAAAGUCCAAGGUCAAGGCGUUCCAACCCGGCUUCCGCAUGUUCGUCGGCGACGUCAACGCGCGAACCAGAGAGGAGGUCACACGCUUCCGACAGCUGACCUACACCUGCAUGGACAACGAGGGGACGCGCGCUCCAGAGACGCUCGACUUCCCCAAGCGGUCCUGCCCGGUAGGCAUCAUGGUCAACGCGCGCUUCCCGACGUGCUGGGACGGCGUGAACUUAGACUCGCCGGACCACAUGGCUCACAUGGCAUAUCCGGAGAGCGGUACUUUCGAGAGCGGUGGGCCCUGCCCAGCCUCGCACCCGGUCCGCACCGCGCAGGUGCUGUUUGAGGUAGUCUGGGACACGCGGAAGUUCAACAACAAGGCCGACUGGCCCGCGGACGGCAGCCAGCCGUUCGUGUGGUCGUUCGGCGAUGCUACGGGCUACGCCAACCACGCCGACUACGUUUUUGGCUGGAAGGGCGACGCGCUGCAGAAGAUACUGGACACCCCCUGCGUCGUCAAUUGUGCCGGGGCUAAGACACAGUCCACGAGUGUUAUGAAUAAGUGCAAGCAGAAUGCCGUGGUGGAUGAGGACAUUGACGGCUGGUUGACUAGCCUUCCUGGUGGACACGAAGUCCAGCGUGGCUAA